AUGCUUAUCGAAAAAAUCUACUUGAUCAGGGCGACUUUCUUGUACGGUAACUACGACGACAACGAUCGGCUGCCGGAAUUCGACGUCUUCGUCGGAGUCAACCGCUGGGCCUCGUUGAGUUUUGACAAUGCUUCCCACGUGGUGAACAAGGAGAUCAUUCAUGUUCCGCCGUUGGAUCGUAUCUACAUAUGUCUGGUGAAUACUGGACUUGGGACUCCGUUCAUUUCGGCUUUGGAGGUCAGGCACUUUCACAACUCGACUUAUACUUCCGUGAGUGGGGCGCCGUUGGUGCUUUACGAGAGGCUGGAUUUUGGAUCGGCGACGGGGGAGAUUAUCAGGUACAACGACGAUGCGUAUGAUCGAAUGUGGUAUCCAUACAAUUGCUACAGCUGUGGAACCAUCAACACCACACUAACAAUUGAUUCUGUGAACCGAACGGAUUUCAAUUUGCCCUCAAAAGUUAUGAAGACAGCAACACGACCAACGGACGAGAACAAGCCACUGAGUUUCGAGCUCAACACUAGAGAGGCAACCUUAGACUUCUACAUCUAUAUGCACUUUGCCGAGCUCGAGGCCCUACAGGAGGGAGAAUCAAGGGUAUUCGACAUUUCUCUCAAUGGCAUAGUUCUGAGAAGAAAUGUAGUUCCAAGCUAUCUUCAUUCCACAACUAUCACCAGCCCACAGUCCGUGAGGGGAUCCAAGCUCAAUUUCUUGUUGAGCAAGUCCAUGAACUCUACGCAUCCUCCUAUUCUUAAUGCUCUCGAGGUGUUUGUUAUUCGUCCAUUUUGGCAGAGCCCAACCGAUCAAGCAGAUGGUGAGUGUUUCAUGGUCCAGUGUCUACAUGGGAACCCGAAACUCUGCACCCAAUCUCCUUGCAAGAAAAAGAAAAGUAGCAUUUUUGUUCCUGUCAUCGCGACUAUCGUCCCUUUGUUCGUCACCACCUUGGCAUUUCUCAUACUCUGGAAGUACAAGAGAAGUACUAAAGGCAAGAGAAUUGGAAAAUCUCAUGGAGCAUUAGGAUCAGGGAUGAAGUUGGAGAGCAGGGAAUUCACUUACCAAGAGAUCAUUAGAAUCACCGAUAACUUCAGAACUAUCAUCGGGAAAGGAGGAUUUGGUGUAGUUUACCAUGGCCACUUGGAUGAUGGAACCAGAACAGAAGUUGCUAUCAAGUUGCUCUCUCCAUCAGCAACUCAUGGCUCUAUCCAGUUUCAAACUGAGGCGCAACUACUAACAAGAAUUCAUCACAAGAACUUGGCAUCAUUUGUAGGAUAUUGCAACGAUGGAACCAAUGUUGCAAUUUUGUAUGAGUACAUGGCAGGUGGAGAUCUGGAGAAAUAUAUAUCAGGCCUGGAGUAUUUACAUAUUGGUUGCAAACCACCAAUAGUCCAUAGGGAUGUGAAGACCUCUAACAUUCUAUUGAAUGAUAAAAUGCAGGCGAAGAUAGCAGAUUUUGGUUUGUCAAAACUCUUCCCAGUUGAGAGCCAAAGCUAUUUGUCCACAAGGGUUGUUGGCACUGUUGGUUACCUCGAUCCCGAGUACUAUACAUCAAACAGACUGACAGAAAAGAGCGACGUUUAUAGCUUUGGCAUAGUUCUCCUACAGUUGAUCACUGGCAGGCCUGCUAUAAUAAUUGGCCACAAUGAGAACACACAUAUCGGCAACUGGGCAAGGCCCUUGAUCGCAAAGGGGGACCUGAGGAACUUAGUCGAUCCUCGCCUACUUGGAAAUUUUGACACCAACUCAGCUUGGAAGUUACUAGAGGUUUCGAUCUCUUGCAUCCGAUCGAUCUCCAUUCAAAGGCCAAUGAUGAACCAUGUAGUUUCUGAGCUCAAAGAAUGCCUACAUGCAGAGGUUGCUAAUGAGGAGAGUGCAAGAGUGAAUGAAGAUGGGGAAGUGGAAGAAGAAUUCAAUAAUGAUUCUUUUGCAAUGAGUAGUAGUACCAAAGGUGUCGAACUUGAACAAGGGCCCGAAGCAAGGUAAUCAUAAAUAGUUCAUGCAGUAGUGUGAUUGUUAUCCAUCAUGUACAAAUAUCUUCAGGAGAUAGAUGUCUAGAUUGUGUUAUAUAUUCAUGUGGAUAUUAUGUAUUUAAGAACAAUGACUUGAAUUUUUCUUAUAUAUUCAAUUUACUUUUGCAAGGCAUUAAGUGUAAGUUACCAGAAGUCUCAACUGUUGCUAAGUUUUACAAAACAAAUAUUGAUAUCAAGUUACUAACACCAAGAUCUAAG